CCCCUAUGUGCUUCAUUGUUUCCUAGAAACGUUUAUAUACCGGUCGUUCUCUGCCUUCUUCAUGCUUUUUUUUUUUUUAUUCUACAGCCACACUCAUCCAUCUCCACUCUUUUCUUCCACCGAACGGACACUACCUCUUCUUCCAAAGAACUCAUAUCUCCUCUCAAAAACAAACAACAAUGGCCAACCCCACUGUCAACGUCUACCUCGACAAGCAAGAGUACGGAAAGGACAGGGUCCGUCUGCUCAAGGUCCAUCGCGACUCCAAGGUUCAUCGAGUCGACGAUCUCACGAUCCGCUGCCUUCUCUCCGGCGCCUCCUUCACGACCUCCUACACAGAGGCCUCGAACAAGGCCGUCGUCGCAACGGAUUCCGUCAAGAACACCUGCUAUGUCCUCGCCAAAUCCUCCAAGGUCGUCGACACGCUCGAACUCUUCGCUGCCGAGAUCGCCAACCAUUUCCUGAACACCUACGCCUGGGUCGAGGGCGCUCAUGUCACGAUCAUCCGCCACCGCUGGGCCCGCAUGAUCAUCGACGGCAAGCCCCACACACACUCUUUCUGGCGUGAUGGUGAUGAGACCCGUCAGACCGACAUCUUCAUCAAGCGUGGCGCCAGCGGCCGCCGAUCCGUCGAGCUCAAAUCCGCGAUCGCGGGAUUGUUGGUUCUCAAGACCACAGGUUCGUCGUUCGAGGAUUUUGUGCGCGACGAGUACACGACCUUAGCCGAAGCCAAGGACCGUAUCCUCUCGACCUGUGUCGAUGCGAACUGGGAGUUCAAUGUGCCCUCGGCCUCGACCGAGAACCUGUUAUCGAACAUGGCCCAGAUCCCAUUCAACAAGAUCUAUGACUCUGUAAGGGAUGUGACCUGCAAGACCUUUGCCGAGGACGAGUCGGCCUCGGUCCAGGCGACGCUCUACAAGAUGGCGGCCCAGUCGAUCCAGAACUGGAAGUGGUUGGACCGUGUCUCGUACGCAUUGCCCAACCGUCAUUUCUUUGCGGUUGAUUUGAGCUACUUCAGGGGCACGAAGAACUUGGCGGAGCAUGCGGAUGUCUACCAGCCCCUCUCCGACCCUUCGGGCUUGAUCAGCGCGACCGUCGCACGCGCUCCUGAUACCUCUGCUCGUCUGUAAAAGAUUGCGGUUUUUUUCAUAUUAUUUUUCAGCGAGAUCUAGACCAUGCUGAUUAUUUUCGUGGGUAGAAGUAGCGGAGGAGCAAAACGCAUACAUUAAAAGCAUACCAGUGUAAAUACUUAUCACAACUUCA